AUGUCCACGCUCUUCACCAAUGUCUUCUUCCGCCCGCCAAUAUAGCGCGCUGCUUAUAUAUCAUAUGUAUGUAUAUGCGCGCCCACACACACACACUCACCAGAUAUUCGCUAUCUCUGCAGUUGAGCUGGUGCAGUCCCCCACCUACUUACCUCUCUCUUUCACUCGAAUCUCUCUCUCUCUUCUCUCUGAUCGGUUCAUACGUCCCUCCAUUUAUCCACCACAAUUCCUUGCGCACUCCUUCAUUUGUUGUUCAGGAGAUAUAGUUCCACAAUCAGAGAGGGAGAAUUUUCAAUUUCUCUGCUGCUACUCUUCUCUGAGUUUGUUUGUGUGCGAAACGAUGCCGUUGGCGAGAGUGGAGGUGAGGAAUCAGUACAGAUUGGGAACUCCAGAGAUGUACAUUGAGGCGAACAACGAUGAGCCUAAAGAUAUUCUCCAAGGAGUCGCCGUUGCUGGCCUCGUCGGGCUCUUACGCCAGCUCGGUGAUCUCGCUGAUUUUGCAGCAGAAGUUUUUCACGGCUUGCAGGAAGAAGUGGUGGUAACAUGUUCUAGAAGCCGAGAGUUGAUGGCUCGUGUGCUCCGGAUUGAAGCAAAAGUGGUUCCAGUUGAGAAAAAUGUAUUGGCACAACAGAACCACUUACACCUAGCUUAUACUGCUGGUCUCAAUUGGCAAACUCCAGCUCGAUAUGAACAAAAUCUUUUUGUAUAUAGUGACAUGCCUCAGUUUAUCUUGGAUUUCUAUGAAAAUUGCCGUAGCCCUCCACAGUUUCACUUGCUUGACAGGUUUGACCCUGGUGGUCCUGGAUCAUGCUUGAAAAGGUAUUCAGAUCCAACUAUCUACAGCUUUGCAUCAAAGGCACCUGGUGAUGCAAGUAAUGGGAAUGUUGAAAAGUUUAACAAGUCAGAAAAGAGUGAGAAACAAAGUCCAAGCCCGAGGAAUGGAGAAGUAUCACGCAAUGCAUCUUUUGCGUAUCUCAUUUCCAGAAUGCAAUCACCCUCUAAUGUAGGUCGCAAUACUUCGCCUUGCCAACCAACAGAUUAUUCUGCAUUAAAAUCAGACAUGUGUGAACACUCAAAUUCACACAAGAGAAAUGAGUUAGGCUGCAGUAAGGAUGAAAUCUGUUCAAGUUACUCCAUGAAAACCAAAGAAGAAAAAUCAAGAGGACUGUCAGCUCAAAUGACUGGAGAUUACUUGAAUCCCAUCAAGGCAAAAAGCAUUGGUUCUCGUGUAGGAAAUUCUCAAGUGAACUGUGCAAUGCUUCAUGGGCGAAAUGAAGAUCCUUGUUCAUCUCCUCCACUCUCUCACAUGAAAAUAUCGGUCCAACCAAUUGGUGGCUUUGUGAAUUCAAAAAAGAAGCCGAAAUUCAUGCGAGGCAUCAUUGAUCAUGGCAGUAUAGAUGCAUUGCCUUCAUUUCAGUUAGUUCCAGAGGUUUCCAGUACUGGGCUGAAUGUUGCUUCAGACUCAGACGAUGAGACAUUCCGAGCAACAUCACCUUCUUUAUCAGAUGGCUCUGAAUCAAGUCCUGAGCAGUUUGAGUCCAGAAUCGAGAACCAGCCAUUCCGAUAUGAGCCAGAAUUUGCAACAGCUCCUGAUCUUCCUCCUCUACCUCCUGUUCAAUGGUGGGCUUCAGAAAAGAGUCAUGACACGAUGCCUCAAAUCUCCAACAACGCGUUUGAUCUUAUGCAUGCAGCGUCUUCAAAUUCUCAGCAUAAGCCUGCGCCCUUGAAUCAUGACCAAGAUUUGGAGACUGCAAAUGAGCAGAAAAGCAAGCCUUUCUAUUCUGAGAAGUCAGAUGCCGAAGGAGAAGCUAAAGGGGACAAGAACAUAGAUGAAAACAAUUUCCUCAACCAAAUUAGAACAAAAUUAAUGAGUCUGAGACCAACUGAGCCAUCAGGGACCUCUACUAAUGUCCAAGGAAUGACGAUUCUUGACAAGGCAAAUGCCAUUCGCAAGGUCUCUCUCUAUCUCUCAGCUAGUAAUAUCACCUUGUCUCUUCCCUAAUAUUCAGAAAUUUAUUCUGUUCCCCUUCAGGCCGUUGGAAGUGAUGAUGAAUGAUACAUGAUUCAACACCUAAACUAUCAAUAUGGUUAAUUUUUUUGAAAUAAGUUAUGCAAAAAGUAUAUACCAAAUAUUAGAUGCUUAUUCGCUGUAAAUAAAAGAUUAGUAAGUGCUAUAAAUCAAGGACUCCACUUAGUUUCAAUUGUCUUCUUAUGCUUGUACUCCACCUCUAACUCUAGGUUAGCUUUCCUCUACUUCUAUCAAAUCUUGAUUCUUCCUUCAAUAUCUACCACUUUAUUGAAAUUAAGCACACCUUAAUGUAAUUGAGUGAGCUCUGGUCCCUUUUUUCCUUUUUUUUUCUUUUUGAGUUCAAAAGAAGUGAUUAGCCACAGAAUAAUAAUAAUGAACUCCAUUUUCAUACAUUUA